UUCAACCGAACACCACAGUACGUUGAUAACGUGGAGAGAAGAGCAACUUACGAUGUUCGAUCGGCGUCGCAGCGGUCUCGCAGGCAGAAGGUUUCUGUGAAGAAUGGCGGAGUUGGUUGAGGAGCGGCGUAAAUUGAGACGUCUUUCUAAGGAAAGCCACCCGACGACGGCGUCGGAGCUGGAAGCGGCUCCGUACUACUGCUACUCUCGUCAUGAUAUUAACAACCUCGAUGACGGCUGUCUCAUGCAUAUCUUCAGCUUCCUUUCUCCUAUCCCAGAUCGGUAUAACACCGCACUGGUUUGCCACAGAUGGCGUUUCCUGGCAUGUCACCCGAGGCUUUGGCUGCGAGUUGACCGUUCCGUGAGAGAUUCAUCUCUACCUGGGAUUUUCCCUAACAUUGAGACAGCUGUCUCUUCUGCAAGACCUGGGGACACCAUUCUGAUUGCUGGUGGCGGAAGUCAUCGUGUAUCAAAUAUUCAGAUUAAAAAGCCACUAUGCCUGAUUGGUGCAGGUGAAAUUCCUGAUGAUACAAUACUUACUUGCUCCCGUGGUUCAGACAGUGCAUUGGAGUUCUUGUCCACAUGCAAACUAGCCAACCUUACUGUGAGGGCAGAGCUUGGCUGCUGCUUGCUUCAUCGGAGUGGAAGAUUGACAAUCGAUGGGUGUAUUCUUCAGUGUGAGUCGAACCCAUUGGAUCAUCUGUCCUACGCAAUUGUAAGCACUGCCAGUUCCCCGAGAGACCUCCCUACUACACUGAAGACUAACGCUGAUAGUGUUUCAGUUUUGCGAACACGAAUUGAAGGAGGUGCCAAGGCUGUUCUUACAAGUGGUACACUUACGUUGCAGCAAGUCCGGGUCAUAUAUAGUCGAACAUCCCUUUUCUUCUGGUUCAAUGUAGAGCAAGAUGGCAGUAGUACUCCUCAAGCUCCAUCUGGUGAAGUAGUAGUUGGUUAGAUGCAAAUUUCUUUAUUCCAUAUUUUCUCCCCUUCUCAUGUUCUUCUGGCUUGUUAAGCUGGUUGUAAUUUAACAUUGUUGUAUAAUUAGUAGAAAUAAUUUAAUGCAAGUUCUUCAUGAAAACCUUUCACUGAAAUGUAAGCACUGUAUAUUUUGAUGGAUUGAAGA